AUGUCCAAAAGAAACCUUUUGCUAUGUUUCGACGCUUUCGGAACACUAAUCAGGCCCAUUCGGCCCGUGGCACAGCAAUAUGCCCAAGUCGCUCGACAAUGUGGUCUUACCGACUUCGGCGAUGAUGAACUACAAACUACUCUGAUAUCGGCUAUCAAGCAGGAGUCUAAGAGAAAUCCCAAUUAUGGAAAGGAGACUGGUUUAGGAGCGACUAAGUGGUGGACAAACGUUAUCCACAAUACCUUCACUUCGGUUACAAAAGACGGGCAGCCCCUACCCCAAGACUUGGCUCCAAGGCUAUUGCAUCGCUUUGCGUCCAAGGAAGGCUAUGAGACUGAGUUAGGUCUUAUAGAAGCGUUCAAAGGCCUGAAGAGCAGCUCGUCCCGACACUUUGAUAAGCUUGUCGUUGGUGUCGUUACAAACUCAGAUGAUCGAAUACCCAGCAUUCUUUCCUCAUUGGGCCUAUCAGUUAGUCAAUUGAGAUGUGGCACCGAAUCAAAUCCCGGGCAAAUCAAGAGCCACACUUACGACAUCGACUUCCAUUGUAUGUCCUACGAUGUCGGCGUCGAGAAGCCAGACAAGCGCAUCUUCAACGCCGCCGAGCUCAUGCUCGCCCGAGUCAUCAGUGCUCGCAAUGGCAAGGGUCUUAGAGAGGUCGAAGCUGAGGCAGAAAGCUGGCAGAAGGUUUAUGUCGGCGAUGAUUACUCCAAGGAUGUUGUUGGAUCAGCCAAUGCGGGCUGGAACCCGGUGCUACUCGACCCUAAAGACGAAUGUGCCAGUAUCACUGACUUGAGGCUCUGGCGAUCAUCCCCUGGCGAGAAGUCCCAGGGAAGGACUUGCAAGAUAGAAGACCAUCCUGGCAAGACAGUGGGAGAUUUGUUUACAGACUACGACGUUGUGACUGUUCACUCGCUUCGCAAUCUUAUUUCGUGGCUUACUUAA